UGUUCCUGUCGACCUUUCCAUUUCAGAUAUUUCAUUCCCCUCUAACACCUUAAUAGUUCCUUCUUAUCUCUCUGAAAUCUGAAAAGUUAAGCUCAUUGUAUGAAAGCAUUUUUCCCUAUUGAUUGAUAAAGAAAGAGAGAAAAGGUUAGUUGAAUGCAAAAGAAUCUGAAGAAAUCAUACCUUACCAAGUUCCAACUUCCCUUUCAAUUCCAUGGCUAUCAUCAAAGUCCACUUCUUGUCGAUUUCAGAUUCAUGGAUUUCAGGAAAUCUGAAGUUUGGUAAAGGAACGAUGAGAACAAGAAAAGCAAAGCGUUCUGAGGCCUUCUGGCCUUCCCUUGUUAUGAAGAAAUGGCUAAAUAUAAAGCCCAAGGUGCAUGAAUUCAGUGAAGAUGAGGUUGAUACUGAAACUGAGAGUGAGGACGAUGCAUGCUCUGUUAAAGAUGAAAAAGAACACAUGGCAGGGCAUCAGUUUUGCACAACAUCGAGGAAUCAUUCUGUAUGCCCAAGUCGAGCUUCAGGAAAUGAGAUUUUCCAUGGUCCAGAGACCCUUUCCCACAAAGACUGGGUGGAAGCAAAACAGUGUCUAACUGGCAUAGCUUUCUUGGAAACCAUGGUAACAAUAGGCACAUGGAAUGUGGCUGGAAGACUUCCAAAUGAGGAUCUUGAUAUUGAAGAGUGGCUUUGUAUGGAAGAACCAGCAGACUUGUACGUUCUUGGUUUCCAGGAGGUGGUCCCUUUAAAUGCUGGGAAUGUAUUGGGGGCAGAGGAUAACAGGCCAAUUCCAAAAUGGGAAUCAAUCAUUCGUAGGACCCUGAACAAGUCUUCACAACCUGAAACAAAACAUAAAAGUUACAGUUGCCCAUCCUCACCAGUAUUGAGGAAAACUUCUACUGAUGAUGUACUUGCAGAUGAGGUAGGUGCUCCUGAAGUAGAGGUGAGGAGCAAGGAGCCUGCGGCACUCAAUAAUGUCAGUGGCUUCGGGACACAAUCUGUAGAAGAAAUAAUCAAUACCCCAAAGAAGUUCCAGGUGAAGAGAACUUACGCCAUUGACAUUAAUGGUAUACUAGAUUGGCCUGAACGCCCAUUAGAUAUGAAGCCCCAAGUUCUCUCUUCCAACAAAGGGUUGCGGAGAGUCUUAAGCAGUUCAGCAAGAAUAGGCUUUGAUUGGGUCGAGAAGCCUCUAGUUGUCACUAAUCAAGAUUUAGAACUGCAUGGUGGAUUGAAACGAGUGUACAAUAGCUCAGGGAACCUAGGUUUGAUGUGGACAGAGCAGCAAGAUCAGUCUGAGGUGCUCUCUUUUUCUAAUGACUCUGAAAGUUCAUCUGAAGAUGAUGAAUACUCUCCUUUAGAAGCAGAAAAGGUGCAUUGUGAAAAUGGAGUCAAAACAGCGACUGUGAAGACCCAUGCUAAAUAUGUACGCAUUGUCAGCAAGCAGAUGGUGGGAAUUUAUGUAUCAGUUUGGGUUAAUAGAAGGUUGAGGAGCCACAUAAAUAACUUGAAGGUUUCGCCUGUGGGAGUUGGUCUCAUGGGCUACAUGGGAAACAAGGGAUCUGUUUCUGUCAGUAUGUCUCUUUUCCAAACACGGCUGUGUUUUGUUUGUUCACAUUUAACUUCUGGUCAGAAGGAGGGGGAUCAACAAAGACGUAACUCUGACGUGUAUGAAAUCUUACAACGUACCCAAUUCUCUUCUGCCAUUGAUGCAGAUCAACCACAGACUAUUCCAUCUCACGACCAGGUUUUCUGGUUUGGGGAUUUGAAUUAUCGUCUUAAUAUGUUGGAUGCUGAGGUGAGAAAGCUUGUGGCUAAGAAACAAUGGGAUGAACUUAUCAAUAGUGAUCAGCUAAGCAAAGAACUUCGCAGUGGCUGUGUCUUUGAUGGAUGGAAGGAGGGUAUGAUAAACUUCCCACCCACAUAUAAAUAUGAACUCAACUCAGACACAUAUGUUGGAGAAAACCCAAAAGAAGGGGAGAAAAAGAGAUCCCCGGCAUGGUGUGAUCGUAUUCUGUGGUCAGGGAAGGGCAUCAGACAAAUUGUUUACAAGAGUGCUGAAAUAAGGCUUUCAGAUCAUCGUCCUGUGAGCUCGAUCUUCUUGAUUGAUGUUGAAGUCUUUGACCAAAGGAAGCUCCAGAGGGUUUUGAAUUUCAGCAAUGCUGCAGUGCAUCCUGAAGUCAUUGAUGAAUGGGGCGAGUGAAAAAUUUUAUAGAGAUCAGGUAGCCCAGUGACUCAUGAUCACAUAUUCUCUUUUAAAACACCUUUGUACCUUUAUGUUGCCAAUCCUUAUAAAGAGAGGCUUACCUAGUUACAUGUUAGUGUUGACAUUUGCUUAGUGAUGUUUGUGAUUGAGUUUGGGGCUGAUCAUAUUGCUCACCAGCUGACCUUUUGUACUGCAUCCCUGAUGGUCCCAGUUGACAAUCACAAAAAGGAGGGGUGGGUGAGGGGAACUGCCAAAGGCUUAAUUAAGGAACCACUGGUUUUACAUCUUCAACCUUGAUGGGUCAACAAAGUUUUCAUUAACCACUGGUUUUGUGAUUGCAUUUUGAGGGCAGAACUCGUCGCAAUGGUAAGGUUGCUCCAUUGUUAGAAACAGCCUCUCCGCAAAGUGGGGGUAAGGCUGCGCACAUUAUGACCCUCCCCAGUCCCGGCAAUGGCGUAGUGGCAGGAGCCUUGUGCACUUGGGUACGCCUGUUUAUUUUGGUGAUUUGUGUUUCAUAAAUGGUUUAAUUAAGUUUUAAUUAUGGAACGACUGGGUUUCCAAGAUUCCCCAUGACAAAGUUGCAUCAUGAUGGGGGAAUGCUUUAUGCAUUACAGUAGAGAACAAAUUCAGAAUUGCAGUGUAAACUGGCCUGCUGGCCCAUGUAGUGGUUGAUGUCAACCUACAAUUUAAUGGAUGUGACCCGUGGGAUCUUCUGAACUAAGUUUGACCCAAUUAUAUGACUAUAACCAAUUUAUACUCUUCUCUACAUAAUUCCUCAUUUUGUCUUGAAUCUCCCAAUGGUUGAAAACAAUGUAACUGCUGUUAUGUUUAAGUACAUCUCGAAUAAUUUUUGACAUAGGAAAUUUUUGAAGCUUGGUUUCUUCAAUGCAUGUUGAACAAGUAAUGGGAUAGCUUAAGGGAGAUGAUUGAGACUCUUGUUGAAGUCUGUUCUGAAAUGGUCUCAAAUUCAACUCGAUUGCCUGCAUGAGUUCUAGUGCAGAGGCUACAUGACAUUCUAAUUAUAUAACCAAGCAAGCAAGCAAUACAUAUGUGUCAAAGCACAUCUAAGAUGCUCUUGUGGGAUUGAAGUAAUGGAAAGGGUUCAUCUUUGGUUUAAAUUUUUAGCAUGUCUGGUUUAUGGGUAAACAGAACUAGUUUUGCAUAUAAAUUGGAGAAAAUAAAAUCUCCAUAAAUACAUGUGAUCAUUGUUUAUAGCUGCAAAUGCAGGGGGCUGUGUGUGUGUGUGUGAGAGAGAGAGAGAGAGAGAGAGAGAGAGAGAGAAUAUGAUGAUUCUAUAUUGGGUUUGGGUGACAUUGUUGAAAAUCUGUUUGGGGCUUUUAUAGGAGGAGUUAGAUAAGUGCAAUAUCAUUCACCAAAAUGUAUGAUUAUGAUUUCUUAAUGUUUCUUACAUAUAUGAUGAUACAAAUGUAAAUUAACAUUUUUUGUAUUAUAUUGUAUUCCCAUGCUUUUUAUUCU